ACUUUGGGUGUGGUCUGCAGUUUCCUGUCAAGUUAUUGCUGGUGACUACCAGGGCAACUGCCUCCACCAAAAACCCUCCCAAAAGGUACGAGUCGAGAUUGGGAUCAAGUCACCGCUCCAUCUUCUCUUUGUUCAACGGAAGCGAUUGAUCUCCUUGAGUCCAUCACGAUAACGCCGGUUGUCUAAGCCUGUGCUCCCUGGGGCUCUGUCUCUGGCCUUGCAAAGGAGGGAAGGAUUCGGGCUAGAUCUGACUUUGUGCCCUGUGGGUCUGUGCUCGGGGUGCCGGUGGGGAAAGGGGCCAGCGGCUGCAGCCACUAGAGGGCCCCGGUUGUGGCUAAGGGACAGGAGUCUGCUCUCUCGGCUCAGCUUACCGGGGCCGGCUGAGCUUCCGCUGCCGCUGCAUCCGGGCUGCAGCCGGGCUGAUGAUUGGCCGCUGCUGCCCAGCGGGGUCUGGUGCGCGGCUUCCCAGCUGCGGCAGGGACCGUGGCUGGCUGGACCGAGCCCCCCGCCGGGCUCCGCCAACCCUAGCUCCAGAGCCCAGCAGGAGCUGAGAUUUAAGAGCGAGGAUGAGGAGGGAAUCGGCAGCAGAGAGGUGAUGAGACAAUGGAUCCGGAUGGGACCGCCUCAGGAAUCUCUGAAGCUGAUGAACACCAGAGUCCCGGGCAGGGAGAAGCCGGCGAGGAUCUCAGCGGGUUGGAAGAGCAGGCAGAUGGCAAUCCUGACACUGUCAGGGGAAGUUUAAAUGUCCAGGAUGGCACCCUGCCAGGGGAGGAUCCAGCCACAUGGGCUGAGCCAGGGAGAAGCCCCAAUGGGAGCUCAGAACAUAGGACCCAGGAAAGAACCCAGCUGCGGCAGAAGCCCCAUCGCUGCCCUGACUGCGGGAAGGCAUUCAGCUGGAGCUCCCACCUCAUUCAGCACCAGCGGGUCCACACAGGGCAGAGGCCCUACAAAUGCCCCGACUGUGGGAAGGGCUUCACCCAGAGCUCAGACCUCAUUACCCACCAGAGAACUCACACAGGCGAAAAACCCCACCGCUGCCACCAGUGUGGAAAGGGCUUCACUGUCAGCUCGGGGUUGGCCCGGCACCGGCGAGUCCACACUGGAGAGCGCCCCUACAAGUGCCCUGAGUGUGGGAAGAGCUUUGGUCGCAGCUCCAACCUGCUGACCCACCAGCGCACGCACACAGGGGAGCGCCCCUACCAGUGUGGGGAAUGCGGGCAGAGCUUCAGCCUCAGCUCCACCCUUGCCAAGCACCGGCGGCUGCACACGGGGGAACGCCCCUACUCCUGUGCCGACUGCGGGCAGCGCUUCAGCCUGGGCUCCACCCUGGCACUGCAUCGGCGCAGCCUGCACACGGGGGAGCGCCCCUACCCGUGCCCUGACUGCGGCAAGCGCUUCAGCCGUAGCUCCAGCCUGACCACCCACCGCCGCAGCCUGCACACAAAUGACCGGCCCUACAGCUGUGCUGAGUGCAGCAAAGGAUUUGGUCGCAGCUCAGACUUGCUGGCCCACCAACGCAGCCACUCCGAGGAGCGGCCCCACCACUGUGCCCAGUGUGGCAAGGGUUUCGCCCGCCGCUCCAACCUCCUGGCGCAUCAGCGCAGCCACACCGGGGAGCGGCCCUACCCAUGCGGGGAGUGUGGGAGGUGCUUCAGCCGGCGCUCCGACCUCGUCAGCCACCGCAGGACCCACACCGGGGAGCGGCCCUACCUGUGCGCCCAGUGCCCCAAGAGCUUUGGGCAGAGCGCUGACCUGCUGACCCACCAGCGUACCCACACUGGGGAGCGACCCUACCGCUGCCACCAAUGUGGCCAGAGCUUCAGCCUCAGCUCCAACCUCCUGGCCCACCACAGGGUUCACACCGGGGAGCGGCCCUACCACUGUGCCCAGUGUGGGAGGGGAUUCACUCGCAGCGGCAACCUCCUGGCACAUCAGCGGCGGCAGCAUGCAGUGGGAGAGACCACCUGAUGGCACAGAACACGUGCAGGGAGAGAGAGCUCACCUGAGGGCACAGUUCAUGCUUGGGGAGAGAGAGUCCCCCUGCCAGCACAGAACAUGCACAGGGGAGAGAAAGAGAGAGUGACCGCCUGAUGGCACAGAACAUGGCAUGGAAGAAAAUUAUCUUGAAUGCUUAUGACUCAGUGUCCUAAGAGAUAAAGAACAAGAAGGGGUAUUAGUUGGUGUCUGCUACAGACCACCAAAUCACAUUAGGGGACAGGGAGACUGGCUCCUUAUACAGCUAUCUAUAAUGUGUAGAUAAAAAAGCUGCGUGAUCCUGGCGGAUUUCAAUCUGAGUGACAUAAGCUGAAGGUCUCAUGCUGCCAGUACUAAAACAUCCUUGAAAUUUCUAAAAGUUAUAGAUAAUGUCCUAAUUCAAAAAGUGUUGCAUCCAACAUGGGGGAAUUUAUAUUAGAUCUCAUCUUGACAGAUAAAGAGGAAAUAAUCACAGAACUAAAAAUUAAUGGUAACUUAGGUACAAGUGAUCAUGACUUGAUCAGAUUUAUACUGUGCAAACGGAAUAAAGUGCAGACCAGUGAUUUAUAUAUAUAUACUUGGUGCUUUUAAAGAGCCAAUUUCAAAAAGCUGAAAACAAUUAUGAACCAAAUCAAUUGGGAGGAAGAACUGAAUCAGAAAAAUAUGAUUGAUAAUUGGGAAUUGUUUAAGAACACUUUAUUAGAUGUCUAAAAAGCCAAAGUCCCACAAUUGAGGAAGAAGGCCACUGAUCUGGUUUAGUGGGGAAGUGAAGGCAACUGUAGAAAAUAGAAAAAAAAAGUAUAUAACAAAUGGAAGAAAGGGGAAGUUGAUGAAUAUAAAUCAGAAGCUAGGAAUUGUAGAAAAUUGAUUAGAGAAGCAAAGGGAGGCAAGGAAAAACCUAUGACCAGCAGAGUUAAGGACCAUAAGAAGGAGUUUUUAAAGUAUAUUAGGAACAAAAAGAAUCCUGACAAUGGUCUUGGUCCAUAACUAGAUGGAAAUGGUAGAAUUGUCAAUAAUAAUGCAGAAAUGGCAGAAAUGUUCAACAAAUAUUUCUGUUCUGUAUUUGGGAAAAAAUAAAUGAUGUCAUCAUAUCAUACGAUAACAUUCCAUUCCACUAGUGUCUCAGGAAGAUGUUAAACUGUAGCUACUAAGGUCAGACAUUUUUAAAUAUACAACUUGCAUCCAGAAGUUUUAAAAGAGCUGGCUGAGGAGCUUGCUGGACCAUUAAUCGUGAUUUUCAAUAAGUCUUGGAACACUGGGAAAGUUCCAGAAGACUGGAACAAAGCUAAUGUUGUGCCAAUAUUUAAAAAGGAUAAAUGAGAUGACUGGAUAAUAUGGGACUGUCAGUCUGACACUGAUCCUAGGCAAGAUAAUAGAGCAAUUGAUACAGGACUCGAUUAAUAAAGAAUUAAAAGAGGGUAAUAUAAUAAGUGCCAAUCAACAUGGGUUUAUGGAAAAUAAAUUCUGUCAUACUAACUUGAUAUCAUUUUUUGAUGGGAUUACAAGUUUGAUUGACAAAGGUAAUAGUGGUGACGUAAUGUACUUAGACAUCUGUAAGGCAUUUGACUUGGUACCACGUGACAGUUUGAUUAAAAAACAAGAAAGAUAUAAAAUUAACAUGGCACACAUUAAGUGGAUUGAAAGCUGACUCACUGAUAGGUGUUAAAAGGUAAUAAGUGGACAAUCAUCCCUGAAUGGGUAUAUUAGGGGGGUCCUGCAGGGAUCGGUUCUUGGCCCUACCCUAUUGAGCAUUUUUAGUAAUGACCUGAAAGAAAACAUAAAAUCAUCACUGGUAAUGUUCGCAGAUGACACAAAAACUGGGGGAUGGUAAAUAAUGAAGAGAAGGUCGCUGAUUCAGAGCAAGCUGGAUUGCUUGGUAAACUGGAUGCUAGCAAACAAAAUGUGUUUUAAUACGGCUAAAUGUAAAUGCCUCCAUCUAGGAACACAGAAUGUAGGCCAGACUUACAGGAUGUGGGACUCUAUUCUGGGAAGCAGUGACUCUGAAAAAGAUUUAGGGGCCCUUGUGCAGAAUCAGCUGAACCUGAGCUCCCCUUGCAACGCUGUGGCCAAAAGCACUAAUGCAAAUCUUGGAUGCAUAAAUGGGAAUCCCAAGUAGGAGCCGAGAGGUUAUUUUACUUCUGUAUUUAUCACUAUUGGAAUUCUGUGUCCAGUUCUGGUGUCCACAAUUCAAGAAGGAUGUUUACAAAUUGAAGAGGGUUUCAGAGAAGAGCCAUGAGAACGAUUAAAGGAUUAGAAAACCUGCCUUAUGGUGAUAGACUCAAGAAGCUCAAUCUAUUUAGUUUAACAAAGAGAAGGUUAAAAGGUGACUUGAUUACAGUCUGUAAGAACCUACAUGGGGAACAAAUAUUUAAUAGUGGCCUCUUCAAUCUAGCAGAGAAAGGUAUAACACGAUCCAAUGGCUGGAAGUUGAAGUUAUACAAUUCAGACAGGAAAAAAAGUGAACAUUUUUAACAGUGAAAGUAAUUAGCCAUUGUAAUAACUUACCAAGGAUCGUGGUGGUUUCUCCAUCACUGACAAUUUUUCAAUCAAGAUUGGACGAUUUUCUCAAAAAUCUGCUCUAGGAAUUAUUUUGGAGAAGUUCUCUGGCCUGUGGUGCUCAGACUAGAUGAUCACAAUGGUCCCUUCUGGCCUCGGUACCUAUGACCUUGUGCAAGGAGAGAGAGAGAGACCCCCUAACACCAUAGAAGAUGUGUGCGGGGAAGAGAGAGAAAGAGACCACCUGAUGACACAGAACACGUGUCAGAAUGUGUGUUCUGUGGUCUCCAUUGCAGAGGCAAGGUCAGAGCUUGGCUGGCAGCCAGACCCUGCUGCUGGGCCGCUCUAUCCCCUGCUCAUCUGGCAUUUGUCAGACUUAGAUGGAGAUGUUCACCCCCUGUGACAGCAGUGGGAACAAUGACAACACUGUGAUGGGUCCGAGACAUGGGCCCUGCACCACAAGACAAGAUGUUGGCAGAGAAGGGGUAGCCAUUAUGGUCCCUGGUCAUUGUAUGCUUUGCUGGAGCCCUAAGCAUCAGUCACAAUGUGAUCCAGAAGCUGUGAAGGAGGCCUGGCUUUGGUAAAAUGAUAAAAAGCCCCCCUCCAACUCCCAGUCUGAUUUGCUGGGAUCUAUUGGCCUCAUCGUGCAGGAAUAGAAUAAAACAGGAACCUUUCCAUUAGCUUCAAUGGCCACUGAAUCUGUAUCUGACUAUACCCAUACACAUCUAUCUAUCAGAUUGCACUAAAUUAAGUUUAUGGUUUAAUUUGGUUUCUUACUUUGAACUGGAGCUAAUAAAGCAGGACCGAGUUUCCCA